GCGGAGGGAGAAGCCAAGCUCUCUCUCCAAACUAGGACUUAGUAGGGGAGGGCUGGCCCGCUGCUGCGGCACGGCCACUGCCGCCCACUCGGCACCUGCAGGACCCCUGCACCGCUCCGGAUCAGGUCACGGGGGCUUUUUCCCACUAUCUCCCCUUUCCUUGUCCUGCUUAUCUCUCUCCCUCACGCUUGCUGCUUUUGUUUGUACUGGGUGGGGGAUGGGAGGGGACCUGGGGGGAGAGACAGCCCUUAGUUUUGUAGGUGUGGCAUUUGGUUCCAGACCACUGUGAAGGACAGGGGGAGCAGACCCCGGAGUCAUCCCCGAGACCCUCAACUUUGCUUCUGUCGAGCACUGUUUUCUGCCAGAGCCUGGAGCAAAGCCGAUCCACAGCAGUCCCCAGGGUUCAGGCGAGGGGUCUGCAAAACACAGCCACCGUGGCACUCAGUGGUGCUUGGCUGCUGUUUUUGUGGGGUUGCCCUGCCAGUGGUGUAUUUCCAGCCACCCGUUCUGCUGCUUUCGUCCUGCCAGUCCAUGUGGCAUGGGGGUGGCAGCAGGAAAUCUGCAGGUAGCAGAGGACAGGGAGCUAGCCUGUACCUUGCCAGGACCCUCAGUCCUCAGUCGCUUUGCUUUGGAAUAGUUUAGGAAAGCAGGACAGAUUGUGGACUCCUGGUAUAUCCUCUGAUGCUGGUGGCACUGUGAUUCCCUGCUUAUGCCAGGAGCAGGGGAAUGCCCUUUCUGAUCCCUGCUGUGGGCUGGAGGGAGGCAUGUGAGUCCCAUCUUUCUGGUCAGUGAUCAAUGCAUGUUGUGGAGUGCCUGAGGUUUUCCUGACUUUGCUAUGGAAGGUGCAGAGACUUACUAGCCUUGGGAAUCACUGCCUGUGUUCUCUAUCUGCUACACUGCAGCUUUGUUGUUACACAAGGUUCAUCGCCUCCUCCCUGGGCAGACACUGUGUAUUGCCCUGCCUGGGGCAGCACUGUGGCCAGUAGUAAUUUCUGUGCCAGGAUUUUGUCCUUGUGUGCUGGGGAAAAACUCUGGGGCUGCUCUGGGAGUUUGGAUCCAACAGCUGGGCUGUGGGACUGGCCACCCUUUAAAUAGUGUGUCCCUCCUUGUGAGGAACAGAGCUGUGUGUACUGAACAAGGGGACCACCACUGGGUGUGAUAAUGGGAAUCUGCAAAAGAAACCAUGGUCUGAGUACCUAAACCACCAGGACACCCUGGCUGAGGCCCCUGCUGCCUGGCUUCAUGUGCGUCACUCUGGAAAGGAAGCUCAGAGAGAGAGAGAAGAAACUCUCCAACUCCUUCCCAGCCUGCAUCACUAGUCCUGCUGAUGGGACCAAAAUAGAAACGUGUGGCCAGCCUCUCCCCCAACCCCUGCUCAGCCUCAGCCCCAGCACCAUGGGUAACGUCCCUGAGUCCAGGGCUCAUUCUCUGCGUUUCAGCCCUGGUUAAUUCAUGACUCAAAGCUGUCAGUCUUGCUGUUCAGCUCCUCAGCCAAAUGCAGCAACAGAUUGUUUACAUCAGUGCUGUCAGGUUUCUUGAUUGCCAGGAGGCAGAUUAUUUACUGUACUGGCAUAUAAACUUCAUAACAUUAUGAUGGUGGAAAGUUGUCAAGGGAUAUAAAUGCCCAGAGUCAGCCCAGGAGGCUCCAAGGAGAUGGUUUUGGUUUAAAUUAAGAUAAAACACUGUCUUCCAUGGAUUUUGGGAAGGAAAUCACAUUGUUGUAAUGGGAACAUUACUCUGAAUGUUAGGGCUGACAAACUCUUCACUUUAUGAAAUCUCUGUUGAGGAGCUGAGCUGCUCUGGCAGAUGUGCCUUAAAACAGAUCUCACGUUUGCCCUGAGAAGGUGGUGAAAAAGGAGACGGCACCAUGGCAUCAUGCAGAGCUUGGGGUGAGGUGGAAUGGAGCUGCUAUGAGAAGGGUGCUGGGAAAAUGCUAUGAACUGUAUAAAAAGUCUCAGUCCCUUCUGCUUCCAGCCCCUGUUCUUCUCAGAAAACCAAGUGUGAGCAUUUUCUUGUGGAGGGCCAUGCAUGAAGGUGGGAUGGCUUUUGCUUUGUUUGAGGCAUGGCUAGGCAGUGUCCUUCCACCCGGCUCUGCCACUUGGAGAAGCCUACCAUGACAAACUGUCAAACUGUGGUAUUUCAUUUCUUUGCCUUUCUACAAUUGUCCCCAAGGCAGCUGCCGGUCCUUGGUGUUGCACCUAUCACCCUGACUUGCUCAUUCCAAGAAAGCAUCUUAGAAGUUGUAUCUCUUCCCCCUGGUGUUCCCAACUCCUGACUGGCUGUGAGUUGUGCUCUUGCUUAGCCAGGUACAGGAUGGAUACAAAGACCCUACACUGAUAUAGCUGCCUGUCCCUUGUGAAGAAGUGCUGUCCUGGGACCUCCAGAUUGGCCACCCAGAGUGCCCAGUGACACUGAUAGUCUUCUGAGCAAGUUGGCAAACAUGCUUAGAUAUUGUUGGGGUGCCUUGCUCUCAUGCCCAUGCCCAGUAGCCCUGACAGGGACCUCUAUGCAUCACGUGCAGGGACCUCAGGGACCACAGGGCUGGGAGGAUGUCCUUUGCAGCUGCAUGCAUCUGACCACCAGCUGGUUUCUAAGCACUUGCCUUGCUUUCUUACUAGCAGAGAGGUCUGAAUUAAUCUUGAUCAGGCCCAGGACUCACUGAAAGAGAAGCUGAGAUGUGCUGCUCUCUGAGUACCGUGCUAGUAUCAGAAAUUGGCUUCUGCAGCCUGGAGAGGCAACCUCACAGUUGCAGCAGUAAUCCCUUCCUCUGCAGGGUGACAGUGCAACUGAGGAUGUCCUUGUCCUUCUUCUGGGAAUACCAUGCUCCUGCAGCUCAGAAGCCUGGAAGUGGCCCAUAUAGGUGGUGGCACUUGUUGCAGUAGGUCAAAUGUAUGAAUCCUAAAGUAGAUGAGCAUAGCCCAUAGCUCACCUCUCAUGGUGCUUUGAAAGGCUCACGGCUUGGAUGGAGCCUCCCCGUCCCUGUGCUGGGGGGAGCCCCAUCUCCUUGCUUAUACCGGACCCAGUGUGGGGAAGCUUCUGACUUGGUUUUAUUUGUGUGAUGGUUGAAGAGAUGACAGCUGGAAUGGAAAUUCUGAGUAGAAAAAAGUGCACAGUAUAGGAACUUGCUGAUUACUGCACAGCUCACUGCAACCAAAGCUUGAGGGCAGCACCACAUCUUGACGACCAUUUUCCUUUCCCCAUCUGGCACAGGGGCACCUUCCUCAGCAGACCUCAUCUGUGCAGGUUGCUCUUGAAGCCUGGCUGGGGAGCCCCAGGGAGAGGAGAGGUCGGUGAUGAUGUGCAGGAAGCAGGACCAGAGAGAGGGGACAGGAUCUCAGCAGGGGUGGUGUAAGGACAGUAGCAUACAUGGGAAGAUUGAAUAUCAGAGCACUGAAAGGGCAUUGUGGGCUGUGCAAGCUUGUGAUGGAAACAGAGGCUGAAGGCAACCAGUGGUAUGCCAGCGGGGUGGGAAGGAGCAGCAGCUCUCCGGAUGGGCUCCUGGGUCCCUCAGUUCCUCCAGUGCCCUGGCAGGGAGGAGGCAGGGAGGCGACAGGGGAGAAGCCCAGGAGAUCUUGCUGUCACACAGGAGUGCCUAUUAAUAACACACUUUCUUUGUGGCUGAUCUGUAUGAGUCAAGUGUCUUUGCCAGGAGAAGACAGCUUGUAAACUGAAGUGGGCUCCUGCUCAGACUCUGCCAGCUCUAGUGCCACAGCAGCUCCCCAGCACCCACAGCUAACCAGGAUGCAGGAAUCCAGCCAGCUGCCAUCAGGACAGGUGCUCGUCAUGGAACGAGGCGAAGCUCUCGGACUUGUUUCCCUGGUAGUCCCGUGGUUGGAAAAAAUGCUUUCCAGUUGACUAACUGGAGGUUUGCUGAAAGGUCAGGAGGAGCUGAUGGUAUUAUUAUGUCCAGACUUCUCUGUGGCUCAAGGCUUGUGCAUUUAGUAUCAGCAACGUCCUGCAGUAGGAUCCUCUUGCCUCCUUUGGUGCCAGGAGAGGGGUGCCAGAUUUGUCACUGUAUGAAGGUAACCUGAGAUCUCUCUUGCUUCUGGGCACUGACAGGAAUCGACCAGGCUGCUUGAGGGACAAAGGGAAUAAUAAUGCAAAGGAAGGGCCAAGAGGGUAUAUGGCACAGGAUCCCUCUGCUAUCACAGAGAGCCUGUUAAGUAUGGUACAUGGGAGUUUGCUCUAGGCUAGUGAAGCAAAGCAGAAUAGUGGAUAUCUGGAAUAUCCAGAGUCUCUUUGUGAUGUGGACAAAGAUUAUGUCAUGGGAGACACUGCAUGUUAAGCCCUAAGGGUCAGCCUGUCUGGUUUUGGAACCACCAUCACCAAAUGAGGGAUAGCUGCUGGAUAUCUGGAGAGAUGUCUCCAUAACAGCUGAUUCAUAAGCUCUAUGUCCACUGCAGUUACAAGAUGCAAAUUUUUCCUCUUCGAUUCCUGCUGUGCUUUCCAAGGGUAUUUAGAUCUUGAUGGGACAUGUUCCUGCUUCAGCAGCAUCUCUGCACUGAGGCCAGGCAGGGUGUGUAGGAUGCUUUGAGGAGUCUGGUAGUAAAAAAACACCCCACCUUUCAAGAGCUCUGCAGAUCAUGAGCAGACCAGAGCUACUGUCUCCUUCCUUAUUCACAGAAGGAGAUUGAAAUGACAGUGUGUAUCUGCUCAUAAGUAGAGUUGAUAUACCAGUACAUGCAGCAAUACUUCCUUACUCUGCAAAUGCCAGGCUGCCUUGAUCCAGCCUCCUUACCUAACUGAGCCGAGUAAUGUGCUCUACAGAGCAACCGCAGGUGCUGGCUCCUCUCCAUCUUUUUUUAGUGACAAACAAUAGAGAUGCCAGAAAUGUGCUGGUGUUAGGCUUCCGAGGCUUAGCUCUUUUCGUGCUCCUCUCUGUCUAUUGCAUGGUUCCCCAGCUGCUCUGCAUGCAGCUCUGCUAAUGCAUAUCAACCAUGGGCAGCCCCGGCAGUUUGUCCAUCUGCUCCACAGCAGCAGCUCUCACACCUGCAAUACACCAUUUGGAGCUCAGGUUGGUAGUGAGAUGCAAGAGGUGGGGAUCUGUACACCCAGCAUAUCUGAGCUGUCACAUGCUGCUGUCAUGGGCUGUCAGCUGGCAGUCUUGUAAUAACCUUCACCACUGGUGGUCAGAGCUUGAUUCCACAUGCCAUUUACAGACAGUCCUGAAGAUAAAAAGAUCUGCAGUCAGCUAGUGCUCAAACAUAAAUGUCAAACCAAGGUUGUUGUAGCAGAUUUCCUCACGAGACUGGUGCAAAAAGGAAGGAAGCUGUGUUGAGAGAUCUUCCUGCCCGCAGCAGCAACACAGUAAGCAGCGGAGCAGCUUUGUGCUUGUGGAAUAUCUGGGGUGGGAGGGAACAGCCAUUCAGCUCAUUUGAGGUGCCUUUGGUCAGUACCACGAGCUAAAGCUGGCCAAAAAGGGUCUGUUGCAAUGUGCCAAAUCCUGUGUUCUUGCUUGUGUUUUUUAAUAUGUUUUAUUUGUUCAGACAGUUUUUAAUACCUGUUGGUGAUGAUGCUCAUUGGCAGCCAUCUGAACAUGAUCCAGCGUGUGCCAAGUGGCCAUGAAGGCCAGCAGUAUCCUGGCCUGUGUCAGUAAGUGUGGCCAGCAGGACUGGAAAGUGACUGUUUCUUUGUCCUCAGCACUGGUGAAGCCACACCUCGAGUGCUGUGUCCAGUUUCGGGCCCUUAUCCUGUCACUGAGGUGGUGGAGCACAUCCAGAGGACAGUACAGCUGGUGAAGGGUCUAUGGGACAAGUUUUAGGAGGAAUGGCUGAGGAAGCUGGAGGAUCAUGGGAGACCUUAUUGAGCUCUAUAACUACCUGAGAGGAGGUUGUAGCAAGGUGUGGGGUCAGUCUCUUCUCCCAGGUAACAAGUGAUAGAGCAAGAGGAAAUGGCCUCCAAGUGUACAGGGAAAAUUUAAAUUCUCCGAUUCUGUGCUGUUUACUGUACAUCAUCUUGCAGAUAAUAUGGUGAAGGGUACAUGAAUGGAGCACUGCAGUGUUGGGAAUAGGCUGGAAACAGAGUCAUCAGCAAAAUGCUGAUGCCCUCUGCAAAGCUGCAUCGGCCUUGGGUGGAUUGAACCUUCUGGUGACCAAGUACCUGCCUGCAUUGCUUGCAGUGGUAGAACUUGAGAAAUACUUCUGAGGAGGUGACACUUUGGCUGUGCUUUCAGUUCAGCCAGGCUUUAGCUGCCCUGAUGCUGCUCUCUGGAGGCCAUUGCCUUCCUUCCUGCCUCCUUCCCUCCUUUCCUCACUCGUCCCUCCUUCCCUUGCAUUACUGAGUACAGGCAUGGUGAUAAGCCUAUAGAAACUGAAGAGCUGGCCUUCCUUGUCUGCAAGGGUGGAGGAGACCAAACCAAGCCUUGUCUUUUCCAGAAUACAAACUCACCUUUGUACUCAUCUAUUAAAAAGAGGUACAGCCCAAUGGGCUGCUUGUGCUACAAGCACUAUCAAAAACUCCAUGUCCCAUCUUACAUGCAUUUCCCAAAUAAACAGGGAAGAAGCUUCUGAUAAAUUCAUGUGUUUGUGUGGGCCUUGGCUCAUUGGAAGUUUAGGCCAGAGUGAUCUCCUGAAGGUUCUCUGAUAUUACUGAUCCAUAAGAAUGUAAAAGAGCACGGGAAGAGAGGAAGAUAGAAAAAGGGGAGGAGAUGUCAGUCUGCAUGGUGAGCAGCAUGCCCAUGCUCUUGUGGUGUGUAGAGGAGAUGCCUUGCACAGCAUGGAAAUCUUUGAGAGUGGUGGUGGUGAUGGUGGCUUGUGUGUGCUUGCAGGCUGCCAUGAUCAAGUCUCCUGCCUUGGGAGCAAUUGAAGAGAAGAAAUUUGCUUCUACCAAACUAAGGGUUUUGGCGGGUUUUUUUAAAGUUGGCCUUGAAUAAAUACUCUAGCAGCUGAAGAGAGGUGACAGCUGGAGGGUGGGAAAUGAAGCACUGUCUCUGGAGGACAGGAGCACUGGAGCUAGCCAGAUUCAGCUCCUUCCACUCAGGCCUUUGUGUGCUGAGCCACUGAAAGUCUUGCAGCACCUUCCACCCGUGGCUUUCAACAGACUGUUGCAAUGUCCAGGCAGCCUGUCAAGCUUUGAGAGCUGGGCAGGGAAAGCAUGAGCUUUCCAUAAAGCUCUUUCUCCCAUAAGAGGGAAGUUUUGCUUAGGACAGAUGGAAUGAUCUUCCUAACUCUCUUCUCCAGCCUCUCCUGCCCCAGCCUCUCCCAACUUCCAGCUCUCCCAGACCUCUUCUACCAAAUUUUCCUGCCCUGGUUUUACUGUCCUGAUCAGUUUUUUUCUGUAGGACUUACAAGGGCUUAAUUUCAAUUUGCUACAAAUUUGGUGGGACUGAUACCUAGCUAGAGAGCGGUUCCUGUGUGAAAACCAGGUGGAUCAGCAUCAGGAGAGUGGUAGGGGUGAUGGAGGUGCCAGGGCUGAUCGGCACCUCAGGGUGCACAGGGGUUCUGCUUAGUGGAGUGCAGGGAAUGCAGAGGGUCCUGGCUAGGCGGUGACACCUGCCCUGCCUUGCAGCCCUCUGGGCUGAGCUGUGAGACUCAUGGAGCAGUAAAGCUGUGGGGAGCAUCACUACCACCUGGCUCAGGUGGCAUUGCCAUGUCUCCCACUCCCUGCUUCAGCCCUCUAUCCCUUGCUUCCCACUGUCCCCUUGCCCUGACAGCCACAGGGUGGCCUGGGACUCACAGGGGAGCUUACUUAAUCCCUGGUCUCUGUGUUAACAGCCACCAUCCGGAUGCAAUGGAAACCUUUUUUAGGCGGCACUUUGGGCGGAAGGGGCUGCGGCGCACCAGCGUGGUGGCUGUGCCCACGGGCAAGGCCAGGCGUCGCUCCCAGGUGGGGCUGCCCUCCGCCUCGCUGACUCAGUGCCGCCGCGGCUCAGGCACCCCAGUGCCAUCCCUCUCCUGCCUGGGCCUGGUCCGGCGUCCCGGCACGCGUCGCCGCUCCAGCACCACACCGCCCUGCCUCAGCCCCAGGUUUGCCGUGCAGAAGAAGCGUGGAGGCCAGGCACAAGCUAUUGAUGCCCAGCUGCUGGGUCCCACUGUCCUCCUGGCCAGCCUCGUCCCCACAGGAGAGGAGGGGGACAGGGUUCACUGCACUGACAGCUCCACAUCUGAGUCUCCAGAGGACGGUGGUGCAGCAGCAGGAGCUGAGCAGGGCCAGCACGGGCAUAGUGCUGAGGAGACGUGGCUGGCCAUGCUGCCCCAGCUGCGGCCGCUCCAGGCAGGCCUGCUGUCGCGGGGCCCCCGCUGCCUGCGGCGCGCCUCCUCCAGCCGCCUGCCCACUGAGGCCCUGCACGGCCGGGCUGCCUACGGCCUGCCGGGCCGCUACCGCCGCCUCAGCCAGCACCGGCGCUCCAGCGAUGCCCCUCAGCCUGGGCUGCUCCCCUCCAGCCACCCACGGCUGCUGGCCCGGCGCUGUGCAGGAGUGGCUGGAACCAAGUGCCCCUCUGCCACCCUCGUCAAGGGUUUGGGACCGGAGCCCAUCUGCCACACCACCCCGGACGGCUGGAGCCCCCGGCUGCUGAAAGCUAUUGCCAAAUCGAGUCUCCAACACAUGGUAGCCCAGCCAAACCCGGCACUAGCCUUGAGGAGUGACUCAGAGAGGCAGAUAUGCAGCACUGUGGAUUGGAGCGAGGCUGCAGUCUAUGGGGAGCACAUCUGGUUUGAGACCAAUGUCUCUGGGGACUUUUGCUACGUUGGGGAACAGAAUUGCAUGGCAAAGCUUCUGCAAAAACCUCUCUCCAGGCGCAAGUGUGCAGCCUGCAAGAUCGUAGUGCAUACACCCUGCAUCGAACAGCUGGAGAAAAUAAAUUUCCGCUGCAAGCCUUCCUUCAGGGAGUCAGGAUCCCGGAACAUACGGGAGUGCUGUUCCCAGUCCAGGGCUGGAAGAAUAGGAUGGGAUUUAGGACAAGUGCCCAUUGUUGUCCGACAUCACUGGGUGCACCGGAGGCGGCAGGAAGGGAAAUGCCGGCAGUGUGGCAAGGGUUUUCAGCAGAAGUUUGCCUUCCACAGCAAAGAGAUUGUAGCCAUCAGCUGUUCCUGGUGCAAACAAGCGUAUCACAGCAAAGUAUCGUGUUUCAUGCUGCAACACAUUGAAGAGCCCUGCUCACUAGGGGCUCACGCUGCUGUCGUCGUUCCUCCCACCUGGAUACUGCGGGUCCGGCGGCCCCAGAAUCCACUGAAAUCUAGUAAGAAGAAGAAGAGGACAUCAUUCAAGCGGAAAUCCAGCAAAAAGGGGGCCGAGGAGGGGAGGUGGAAGCCCUUUGUCAUCAAGCCCAUGCCAGCUCCUCUCAUGAAGCCCUUGCUGGUGUUUGUAAACCCCAAGAGUGGUGGGAAUCAGGGAGCCAAGAUCAUCCAAUCCUUCAUGUGGUAUCUCAACCCACGGCAGGUUUUCGACCUCAGCCAGGGUGGACCCAAGGAGGCGCUGGAGCUGUACCGCAAAGUCCACAACCUCCGGAUCCUGGCGUGCGGGGGAGACGGCACGGUGGGCUGGAUACUCUCCAUUCUGGACCAGUUACGCAUCAACCCACCUCCUCCUGUGGCCAUCCUACCUUUGGGGACAGGGAACGACUUGGCCAGAACGCUGAACUGGGGUGGGGGUUACACAGAUGAGCCUCUGUCCAAGAUCCUAUCGCACGUAGAAGAUGGGAACAUAGUACAGCUCGAUCGCUGGAACCUCCAUGUGGAGCCAAACCCUGACACAAACCCUGAGGAAAAGGAUGAGGCAGCUGCUGACAAGCUCCCUUUGGAUGUCUUUAAUAACUACUUCAGCCUUGGCUUUGACGCACGGGUGACACUGGAGUUCCACGAAUCUCGAGAGGCCAACCCAGAGAAGUUCAACAGCCGGUUUCGGAAUAAAAUGUUCUAUGCUGGGACGGCUUUCUCCGACUUCCUCACCGGGAGCUCCAAAGACUUGGCGAAGCAUGUCAGGCUGGUUUGUGAUGGGAUAGACCUGACCUCCAAGAUUCAGGACCUGAAGCCCCAGUGCCUGGUCUUCCUUAAUAUCCCAAGGUACUGUGCAGGCACCAUGCCCUGGGGCAACCCUGGGGAGCACCAUGACUUCGAGCCCCAGCGCCAUGAUGAUGGUUGCAUUGAAGUUAUUGGCUUCACCAUGACAUCACUGGCUGCCUUGCAAGUCGGUGGCCAUGGGGAGCGGCUCUGUCAGUGCCGGCAGGUGGUUCUCACCACAUCCAAGGCCAUCCCCAUGCAGGUGGAUGGAGAGCCCUGCAAGCUGGCAGCUUCCUGCAUCCACAUCUCUCUGCGCAACCAAGCCAACAUGGUGCAGAAGACCAAGCGGCGCAACUCCAUGCCUCUGCUCAAUGACCAGCAGCCAGUGCCCGAGCGGCUGCGGAUCCGGGUGAGCCGCAUCAGCAUGCGCGACUAUGAGGCACUGAACUAUGACAAGGAAAAGCUCAAGGAAGCCUCUGUGCCACUGGGGAUCAUCGUGGUUCCAGGAGACAGUGACCUGGAGUUGUGCCGGACCCAGAUUGAGAAGCUGCAGGAGGAGGGAGAUGGAGCCACGCCGAAGACACUGUCAUUCCAGAAGCUGUCACCCAAGUGGUGCUUCCUGGACUCAACCACGGCCGAUCGGUUCUACAGGAUAGACCGCGCACAGGAACACCUCAACUAUGUGACAGAGAUCUCUCAGGAUGAGCUCUAUGUGCUGGACCCAGAGCUAGUGGUCACUCAGACUGUGAGCACUUCUCCUGCCAUGCCUGACCUCGUGGACUCAUCUGCCACACCCCCUGGGCACCAUUUUGCAUUUCCUUCCUGUUCCUCCUCUCCACCCUCCUCUCCUGCCCCCAGCACUGAGCCUGAGCACUGCCUUCCACAUAAAGACAACCUUCUGAUAGAAGCUGCCAAGAGUGGCAACUUCAGCAAGUUCCAAGAGCUGCACCGAGCUGGAAGAGACCUGAUGGUGCGAGAUUCCUCGGGCCAGACUGUCCUCCACCAUGCUGUCAAGUCAGGAAGCAAGGACAUCGUCAAAUACAUCAUCGAGAAUGCUCCUUCAGAAAUCCUUGAUGCCACAGAGGAGGAGAACGGUGAAACCAGCUUGCACCAGGCUGCAGCCUUACGCCAGCGCACUAUCUGCCACUACAUCGUCGAGGCUGGGGCCUCGCUCAUGAAGACAGACCUGCAGGGAGACACCCCGAAGCACCGUGCUGAGAAAGCCAAUGACCCUGACUUAGCUGCCUACCUCGAGAACCGACAGCACUACCAGAUGAUCCAGAGGGAGGACCAGGAGACAGCUGUGUAGUGCUUGGUGUGCCUUAGCCCAAGCCAGCUCUUGCAGGAUGAGAAGAGUACAAUGCCAACUGGCAGAGCUGUAUCUGGUCUGACUCUCCCCAGAUGCCAGCCUGGUCCCUGGAGAUGGAUACAGAAGAGCUCUGCACCAGGCUGGGCUGGAACUCUGUUUAUGAGGACAAUUGACAUUUCAGACUUGAAGCCUGAUUCUUUGUGUGUCCACCCCUUCACCUCUCAUUCACCACAUUCCCUGCCCUAGGUGGGCUCUAUCCCCCAGCCAUGUUGGAGCAGGCCAGGCUGAAGCCCCCAAGGCACCCUUGUUCAUGGGAGUAAUGCCAGUGCCCCCUCCACCGGCUCCUACCUAUAAUCCUUAUGGGGUAUCAUUGCUCAUCCCCUCUCUCUGCUGGCAGUGCCCCUCUUUUAGGUGCUUGCCUAGGUUUGUGUCCCGUUCCUCCUCUCCUGUCUGGCACAGCUGUGGGAGGCACAGGCUGCAUGGACAGACUGCAGAGGCUGUUAGCUGCAGACUGCCCCAAAGGAAGCACCACAACUUACUGGCCCUGCCUUCUCCUCCCUCCUGGGGCUGCACCAGGUCUCUCUGUUGUCCUAACCUUCUCUUCUGCAGCGGGAGAGAAAUCACUUGUGGAUCCAGCCUUUCAUCAGAGCAUCUGGGUCUGGUGCAGCCGGAGGUAGGGCAGCAGGUGCUCUCCUGAUGGGCCUCUAGUGCUCAGUCAGCAAUCUGCCUCAGGGCUGGGAUGGCAUAGAGGAAGGCUACCAAACCUUCCCACCACGCUUCUCUCCAUGGGGCUAGGUGGAUCAGUUUGCACACCCACUCUGCUGAGCAUCUUUUUGUGAGGCCGCUGCAGGAUGGUGGACAGCUGCACUCAGCUGGUGCAGUGGCAGAAGCGAUGCCUGUUUUUUUUCCCAAAUGGUGAGUUAGAUUCAGCUUCCCUCCUUGCUUCAGUUUCCCCCCUCAAUGCUAGACUUUGCACGGGGCUGGAUGGGCAGUGUUGGGGUCAGUGCUGCUCUCAGGGAUCCCCUCCUGCCCCCCAACCUGGCAACAUGCAUCCUCUUAGGCUGACUCCUGCUAUUCCCCAAACUGGGCACAGGGCUUUGCAGGGAGCUCACCCAGCUGAGACAGAACCCACCUGAGCAGAUCAUGAACUUACCCUCUCCAGUUUUAGUAGAAAGAGGGAUUUGGAUUCCCAGGUACCACCAGGGCUCCUAGCCCUGACUCAUGCCUGCAGUGGAAUGGAGUUUCACCAACCGCCUGCCAUGGGGUAUGAGGCAUCACAAUCCAUCUCCCCUGUUGAUGCUGUGAGCACUUGAUGCCAAGACAUCAAGCCAGGCCUUAAGCAAGGCUUUUGCAGAACUGAGUCUCUGAGACCAGGAAGUGCCCACAGAGGAGGAAAGCUGAUGGCUCGGAGCCUAGCAGAUCUGCUUGGCACUUUUGGGUAGGCUGUGGUUGUGAAGGGGGUUCACAUCUGUUCACAUCUUGGCUAUAGGAGAGAAUACUACUGCUGCCAUGUGUGGUCUGUGCAGUCCCUCUGCAUUCACCACAGCUGUGCCCACUGGGUAGUGCUGGGUGACACUGUUUGAAUCCCUCCUACUACCAAGAAAAGGGUAUGAGGAUACUGUAGGGAACCAGAAUACCCUUCAGACUUUUUGCCCAGGGGCAGGGUUUCCUUGAAGGAAGGGAGAUGAUGUACUGGGGAACAGAGGCGGAGGGCAGUGCAGGGUGCCCAGGGACCAGUGUCAGUAUUGGCAAAUAAUAAUGAUAGUGUACUAUUGCAUUGACAGCUGGGAUACUCCAGAAGUGCCUGGAGUUCUCAUCAGCACUGCUGGCAGGCCACUAAUAGACACAGCACUGUCAUCUUCUCAGAGGUUCACACCACUGCUGCCCUAGACAGGAUGCCCAACUUGGCCCAGAGGCAUUUAAAGCCUCAGCUUUCCCCUUUCUCCCUUAUAGUUUUUGUACAGGUAGUUGAGAGACACACUGUCCCCCUCCCUGCCCAGCCCCUCCGUGCACCUGUGAGCUGAGCAAUUGCUGUGCAAUUCCAAGCCUGCUUAUAUUUUGGUGAAGAAGGAGGGGGUGUUGGUUACCCUGCCCCCUGAGGGCAGGGGUUCUGUGCAAUACCUGGGUCUGUGUUUCUUAGACACUGUUGUAGGAUUGUAUUUUUGGAACUAUGUGAGGUUGCUGGCUCCAGCUGGCCCAGGGCCUGGCAUGAGCCUGUGUUCCCAUUGCUUUUCAACUUUGACUGUUUGGAUGUUGUUGUUUCUUGCCAUUGAAAUAAAGAGAUUGAUGUUUUA